AUGGGUCUCCGAUUCUCCUCCCAGCCGUCGGAAUCGCCGCCGAAGUCCUCGCUCGGUGAGUUGCCCGAGAGCUGCGUGGCUGAGAUCAUGACCUACAUGAACCCUCCCGAGAUUUGCAAGCUCGCCACGCUCAAUCGCGCCUUCCGUGGCGCUUCCUCCGCGGAUUUCGUCUGGGAGUCCAAGCUGCCGCCCAAUUAUCCCGUCCUCCUCCGACGCAUCUUCACCGAUUUCCCCUCUCAUUUGGGGAAGAGGGGGAUUUACGCCAGGCUUUGCAGACUCAAUUCUCUCGAUGAUGGCACCAAGAAAGUAUGGCUGGAUCGGAGCAUGGGUAAACUGUGUUUGUGCGUUUCGGCCAAGGGAUUGUCCAUAACGGGGAUCGAUGACAGAAGAUACUGGAACCAUAUCCCCACUGAGGAAUCUAGGUUCAACAGUGUUGCUUACCUUCAGCAAAUCUGGUGGUUUGAAGUGGAUGGGGAUGUUGAGUUCCCGUUUCCUGCUGGGAGAUACAGCGUAUUCUACAGAAUACACCUAGGACGAGCCUCCAAGAGGUUUGGUCGACGAGUUUGCAACACAGAGCAUGUUCAUGGGUGGGACAUAAAGCCUGUUCGUUUCCAGCUAUGGACUUCAGAUGGCCAGUAUGUUACAUCCCAGUGUUUUCUGAACGAACCAGGUAAAUGGGCCUUUUACCAUGCAGGCGAUUUUGUUGUCGAUAAUGGCAAUGCAUCAACAAAAGUUAAAUUCUCUAUGACUCAAAUUGAUUGCACACACACUAAAGGAGGGCUCUGUUUAGAUUCUGUGCUCAUAUAUCCAAGUGAAUUCAGAACGGUUAAAGCUUUUUUAAAUAGCUUUUAA